AACUUAGUGGAGCAUGGUAGUGAUAUUUUUCUAGAAUGGAUUAGUGCUGGCUGAAGAAUUGAAUUUAGUAUUUGAGAGUGGUGGUGUUCAAUCUCUAUGUCUGUGAAGAGGUAAAGUACUGCACCUCUCAAGCAUGUCUGUCUGGUCUAAGCUCAGUAACAAGCUGCCAGAGCACAAGUGCAGAUGAUGAGUCUAACCAGCAUUAAGAGGUAGAACUUUCAUGUGUACACAAAUCGUGAUCUGUUUUUAUUGGUUGGUUGUACUAACUGCUCUUACAGUUUGAGUUGUAUUUCAUGAGGAUGUCUCAAGUUCUUGUUUACAGCAUGAUUUAUGUUUCCUGAGAAUCUGUUUCAAAUUUACUGAAAGCAGCAAUUCAGGGUAUCAUCCCACAAUCACAAGAAAUUGAAAUAGAGACAAGGUAGCUAGAUGGCUGCUACUCAACUUAGCUCUUUUUGUCCUUUCCUACUUUGUAUAUGCUGCACUUCACACUCAGAAUUACUGUUCUGGUACAAAGGAUGUGAAUUUUCAUAGCUUUAACUAGUUAUUUAUAAACUGAGAAGUAAAAAAGCAUUCUUCUUUGGCUUAACUAUAAAUAAUAUGAGAAAAGCUUUGAGAAAAUGUGGGUAACUGUGAAUUGUAUUUUUCCACAUAAUAUUCUUUCAAAUACUGGUAAGACUGAUGUAGAAAAAUGUUCCAAAUUUUCAGAGUGGAAACAUGAAAAAUCAGCUUCCUGGAAAAACAUUGAGCAGUUACCUUAAAAUUUUUAGAUGCAAAAUUCAACUUGAAUCAGCCUUUUUUUUUUCCCUUUUAAUUUCUUUUUUUUUUUUUUUUAUGUGACUGAUGUGGCAUCUUAAUAUCUUACACAUGCAUUAUGCUGUGCUUUACGAGAGGUGGGAGGGGAGAAAAAAAAGAAGGUGAAAAGAGAAGUUGCACUUUGCUGUUCAACUGAAGCUACAUCUCUGGUUCCCAGGGCAGGAGACCAGGUAUGGAAAUGGGUUAUAGUUGACCAGUCAGCCCUCCUAAACUUGUUUUCUUCCCCACAGCCACCCUGCCAUGUUUGUCUUUCUGCUUUAGAGACCUGAGCUUGUUUUUGCCACAUACGAUUGCACUGCUAGAUAGGGCUUCUCUUUGCUGCCUUCCCUGAUCUGAUGGGGAAUGUCUUUUAUGUGAUUUAGCUAGGCAGUACCUGGAGAUUCUUUGAAUAAUCCCAGUGUAUGAGCCAGUAUUUUAUACAACUGCUGGAGCAAGUAAUGCCUCUUGAAGUGCAAAGCAUGAAGAAAAGGGGAAGGGGUAGUAAAACCUUUUACUUUAUCACUGCAGUAGUUCUAACUAGGAGGUGAGCUUGUAAAAGUACUGAAAAAAAAUAGAUUAAGAAACUUCCUUAAGGUCUUAAGUUACAUGAGUACAGGUAAAACAAAGGUCAUGUAUGUAUUAAGAUUAGGAAUCUAGAGUGCAGAUAUACAGAGACAGACUGAGGGUGAAAGCUCAAUGUUGUACGUCUCAGGUUUUAAAAAGUUCCCAUGAAGCAUAUGCUGACACAUACCUCAUGUAUAAUUUAGGGUGUGGACAGAGGAGAGGGCAGCCAGCUGUACUUUCUGAGCCAGCUGCAGCAAACUGAUAAGGUCUUCUUAAAGAAUUCUGCUAGGAGGAAGUAGCAGUAAUAGUUGGUGGUUACAAGAUUAUGGGUCAUUGCCGGGAAGCUGGAAGGAUAAACAGUGGAUCAGCAUCCUUGGUAAUGAGAGAACACAACAAAAGAGGUCUUGAAAAACCUCCAAGUUCAAACUACCACCAAGAUGUUAACUAAACAAUGAGUGACUUUCUAGUUAUGCAGUGGCUUUCUUAUGUCAGCAUUAAGCUGUCCCCUGCUAACUGUGAAAGCAGGAGAGGGCAGGAGCAGCUUAGUUGUACCCUUAUGUCCUCCAAGUAAACCUUCAUGUGUCUGACCAGGAUCCAUACUAUAGGUUUAAUGAUGUGAUGUACAGAUGGAUCUCACUAGAUAACUGGACUUACAGCAGGACAUUCAAAACUCCUUUUGACAUCAGGAAGUGGCAGAAAGUGAAUUUGGUUUUUGAGGGAGUGGAUACAGUAGCACAGAUCCUGCUCAACAAUGUCACUCUUGGGAGUACAGACAACAUGUUCAACAGAUAUAGCUUUGAUAUUACCAGCGUGAUCCAGGAGGUCAAUUCUGUUGAAGUCCGUUUCUUGUCAGCCAUUUCCUAUGCAGCAGAGCAGAGCAGGUGUCACAAAGCACACAGCAUCCCCCCAGCGUGCCCUCCACCUGUGCAGAAAGGGGAGUGCCAUGUUAAUUUCAUCAGAAAGGAGCAAUGUUCAUUUAGUUGGGAUUGGGGCCCUUCUUUUCCCACUCAAGGAAUCUGGAAAGACGUUAGGAUUGAGGCCUAUAACCAUUAUCACCUGAUUUACUUUUCUGUAACUCCUUUCUUUGUAAAGAGCGCUCAGCAGUGGUAUCUUGAAGUCGAGUCUAUUUUUGAUGUAGUCAGCUCCAAGCCGAUUGCAGGUCUUGUGACUGUGAACAUUCCCAAGUUACAAACGCAGCAAAUGUUCAGUGUGAAACUUCAACCUGGAGAAGGCAGCAUUGUGCUGCUUGUAAACAUCAACAAGAGUGCUACAGUGGAGGCUUGGUGGCCAAAUGGGCAUGGAAAGCAAACUGGAUACAAUAUGACAACAACUUUUGUGAUGGAGGCAGGAUGCCAGAUUGAGAAGUUUUCAAAGGUUUAUUUUCGGACAGUAGAACUUGUUCAGGAACCUAUUCUUGGCUCACCAGGUCUGAGUUUCUACUUCAGAAUCAAUGGUCGACCCAUUUUUUUUAAGGGCUCAAACUGGGUUCCAGCUGAUUCUUUCCAGGACAGAGUGACCUAUGACACGCUAAGGCUACUCUUGAAGUCUGUGGCAGAUGCUAACAUGAAUGCCCUUCGGGUUUGGGGAGGAGGAAUAUAUGAACAAGAUGAAUUUUACGAUAUUUGUGAUGAAAUAGGAAUAAUGAUUUGGCAGGAUUUUAUGUUUGCAUGUGCGCUAUAUCCAACCAACCAGAAGUAUUUAGAAUCCAUAAGAGCAGAAGUUUCUCAUCAGGUACGACGUUUAAAAUCUCAUCCAUCAAUUAUUCUGUGGAGUGGUAACAAUGAAAACGAAGCAGCAAUUGCAAGCAACUGGUUCUCUAUACCUUAUUCUGACAUAGGAAUCUAUAUCAAGGACUACGUGACCCUUUAUGUGAAGAACAUACGUGAAAUAGUUCUUAGUGAAGAUAAGAGUCGUCCUUUUGUUACAUCCAGUCCCACCAAUGGCUUGGAGUCAGUUAAAGAAGGCUGGCUCUCCCGGGAUCCUUAUGACACCCAUUAUGGUGACACACACUUUUAUGACUACAGCAGUGACUGCUGGAACUGGACAGUGUAUCCUAAAACUCGUUUUGCUUCAGAGUAUGGCUUUCAAUCCUGGCCUUCCUUCAGUACAAUUGAAAAGGUUUCCUCCCCUGAGGACUGGUCCUACACAAGCAAUUUUUCUCUCCAUCGGCAACACCAUGAAGGUGGCAAUAUUCAGAUGCUUCAAGAGAUUGGGCGUCAUUUCAAGCUUCCCCAGAGCCCAGAUCCUGUAAAGAAGUUCAAAGACAUGAUUUACCUCACUCAGGUGAUGCAGGCUCAGUGUAUAAAGACAGAAACUGAAUUCUAUCGUUUUAGUCAAAGUGAAAUAAUCAAUGGAGAAGGACACACAAUGGGAGCUCUGUACUGGCAACUCAAUGACAUUUGGCAGGCUCCUUCGUGGGCUUCCUUGGAGUAUGGUGGUAAGUGGAAACUGCUCCAUUAUUUUGCCCAGAACUUCUUUGCACCACUGCUGCCUGUGGCCUAUGAAGACAAAGGAAUGUUGCACAUUUAUGGUGUCUCAGAUCUUCAUGAGGACCACAAGCUGACAUUGAGGGUUGUCGUGCAUGCCUGGAGCUCUUUGGAGCCUGUAUGCACCCUUGCCAAAGAAGGUGUGACUGUCAAAGCCCAGAGUGCUGUCCCCAUCUACAAGGAGCCCAUCAGCAGCCUUCUGGAAAGAUGCAGAAAUUGUACCAGAAAAAGCUGUAUUAUUACUUUCUGUCUCAUGGGAGAAGAUGGGCUCCGGAGUCCUACAAACCACUACUUCCUUUCAUCACUCAAGGAUGCUGUGGGAUUAGAAAAGACCCAGCUUAGUGCCUCGGUAUCCCAACAAGAUGAUACUUAUAUUUUUGUUCUUCAGACCACUGCAAUUGCGCCUUUUGUUACUCUGGAUGUAGGGAGUAUAAAAGGCAGAUUUAGUGAUAAUGGUUUCCUCAUGACUGAAAAGAAGAAAGUGGUUGUGUUUUAUCCUUGGGAACCUACCAGUGUUGAAGAACUAGAAAGUUCACUAAUCGUGACCUCUCUGCUGGAUGUUGUCUGAGAAUACUUCAUUUCCUUCUAGAUAAAGAGUGAAACAGGAGGAGAAAAAAAAUUAGAAGAAUUUGACUGAAGUUGAAGUGACCUACGCUUUGAGCUGGCUAAAGAACAUACUGUCUGUUCCUGCCAUGUGAAUUUUAACUGCUGGUUCAAUGUAAAGAUACCAACAGCAAAGCUUGCAUAUAAUAUAUGUGGUGUAUUGAAAGCA